AUGCGUGAUAACAAACACUCACAGGAAUUGAUCAAUACUGUUCACAAGUCGCAGAUUUGCACUUGGUUCACAUUAGAGGAAGAACACGUCUCCAAAACAGUAUUUGAAAGGGAGUUCAUGGCAGCCCGUCGCAUUGAAAAGAAGCUGAUGGUAGCUGCAGCCAAGAAUGGUCUAGCUAUUCCUUGUGACUCAGACGCAACUGCGUUUCUAUUGGCGCAUCCUCGAGGCGCGUACACCGCUGCUCGCACCGUACAGCAGACUCGAAUCUUUGAUUACGAUUCGCAUAUCCGUCGUCUUGUGGAGUCAACGAUCGCCAUGCAGACGAAAAAACCACCAAUGCUUGUUCCAAGUGACGUGGAGAAAGAACUGAGACCACGGACGGAGGAGACGAUGAUUGCAGCUAUGCAAGCGUUCAAAGACCUCUAUGAAGUACACCAUGACCAAGAAUUCAAGAUUAAUGUCCUGGUGUGUCCUACUCAGGGAGACACAAUGAGUGGACAACUAUUAAGUGAUCAAGAUAUAUUCUGUCAUGUGGGGCUCCUUCCACCGCGACGUAACGAAAUGGUGAAGCUAGAGGUGGCAGGUCUUCCUCGACACAAUGCUGGAGCAAAAGAUUCGGCAUGGGUGAAAGAACGGAAAGGAAUUUAUGACAGGAUGGCAUCAGAUAUGGAGGAGGUGAUAUUGAUGGAUCCAAGGACUAGACAAUUGCUAGAAGGGUCACAAACGAAUUUCUAUGUGAUUCAAGACGGCGUCGUCAUUACAGCGGAGGAAGGAAUUCUCAAGGGUACAGUCAGAUCUCUCGUACUGGAGAUUUGUGCGGAAAAUGGAAUCGCUGUGGAGCUAAAGCCUCCAACAUUGGAUGACAUUGACAAGUGGCAAGGCUGCUUUAUCUCAAGUACGUCAAGGUUGGUAUUAGGAGCCAAAUCCUUGCAAUAUCCAGAGCUUGCGACCAAGAAAACGUUGACGAAAACCUUUGCGCCGCAUCCAAUAUUGGACCAUAUCAUGACGGCAGUCCAACAUUCUGUGGUGAAGAAAAGCACCAAAGUGCUCAAAUAA